AUGCCGCUGGGGAUCGGGAUGACCGCCAUUUCGGGGACUCCGGGCUACUUGGAUCCCGAGUGCGUGAGCACCGGUAGGGCCAGCGCCGAGUCCGAUGUGUACAGCUUUGGGGUGGUUCUACUGGAGGUAGCAUGCGGCAGGAGGCCAAUGAGCAUAACCUCGGCCGACCAGGACAAGCAGAAGAAGGGCGGCGUCUUCCGGCUGGUCGAGUGGGCCUGGGGGCUAUAUGGCCAAGGAGCCAUUCUUGAGGCCGUCGACGAGCGGCUGAACGGUGACUACAACGCAGCAGAGGUGGAGAGGGUGAUGGUCGUCGGGCUGUGGUGCGCACAUCCGGACCCGAGCGCGCGACCGUCCAUCAGGACCGCCAUUGGGGCGCUCCAGUCCAACUCCAAGGUCCACGGAGCCUGCAGUCAGCUGCCGGUGCUCCCCUCCAAGAUGCCGGUACCCAUGUAUGCGUCUCCCCCGUUCGCCCUGGCGGACUUGUCGUCCAACUCCAGUACCACUACUUCCUCCGACGCUAGCACUUCCACGACCAGUUCAAAGGCCUCCUCUUCGCUACUGAAACAUCAAUACUAG